GAGUUCUUUUCAUUGCACACACCCUUUGAAGGCACGCAAGGAAGCAUGCCGGUGAAGCCUCAGUUUGAGUGGGAGCAAACGGGCGAGGACGUUUUGCUGGAAAUCCUAUUUAAAGGAUGUAAAAGGGAGACCGUCGACGUGCUCAUAGCAGACGUGUUCGUGAAGGCAAAUGCACCCCCACAGUACCUCUUAGCCGUCGACCUGCUGCAUGAGAUCAACCCAGAAAAGUCAACGCAUUACUUCACAGAAAAGCAGGAUGGAUUAGCGCUUCAUCUGAAGCUGCACAAGGCGGCGCCCGACGUCGUCUGGGACGCGUUGAGUCUCCGACAGACGUCCAUCGGGAAGGCGGCACUGCUGCAGCGUCGACAGCAGUCUAUGCAGCGCGCUGAGCAGCGCUACCGCACCCAGCUUGACGCACGCGUGACGCAGCGUGAGGCAGAGAAGCGCCGCAUGCUGGAGGCGCAGUGGGAUGUGGAGAAGGAGCAGCGCACGCACAUCGAGCAGAAGGCGAAGGCGGAGAAGGACGCUGCGGAGCAGGAGCUUUUCGAGUGGGAGGCGGACCAACAGGAAGUCACCAGCAGCGCCGCACCGCAGUCCCCGGCGGACAUCUACGCGGCAGCGCUAAAGAAAGCAGACGCGGAUGCGGUACCGCCUACUGUGGUGCAGCAGGAUCCAGCGCCGGCAGCCGUGAUGACAACCGUCUCUGCCAUCCGACAGGUCGAUACCGUCAACGUGACCAUCGACUUCACGCCCAAGACCUUCGCCAUGCCAACACGCUCCCGUGGCGAUGAAGACUACUACCGCCAAAGCCGCUACAAGCCCGUGUCCAUUGAAGACACCCCGAUGUUUUGGAAGGAGCGCGCAGACAAGCACUACCGCGCGCGGGAGUGGAAGGCCGCCGCAGACGCCUAUUCUGAGUCCAUCAAGCGCGACGGGGCCUUCUUAACCUGCGUCAUGAACCGCGCGGCAUGCUUUAUUCACCUCGCCAACUACAAACGCGCAAUCGACGACUGCACGCUUGCCUUGACGAUGCUGGCCAACACCCCCGCAAGCGAGGUGACCCAGGACCGCUACCGCGGACUUAUGACCAAGCUGUACGCCCGUCGCGGCGCCGCCUACUGCUGGGCCGAUGACUUGAAGAGUGGGGUGGCCGACCUGCGCAUGGCGGCGGCCUACCGCGACCCCGCUAGCGACGAAGACGUCGCCGCCGAUUUGGCUCUCCUGGAGGCGCAGAUGAAGGAGCGGGGGAUUGCGGAUGACACACAGAGCGACCCGCUCGCCACACGCAUGCAGGAGGCCGCCACGCAGUACUACCAGGGCUCCUACGAGACCGCCGAGGCCACUUAUCGUGCUGUCCUCGCGGCGAAUCCUUUCGACUCGAAGGCGCAGAGCAAUUUAGUGGCAGUGCUGCUCCGGCAGGGGAAGUUUAGGGCGGCGCUUGAGGGGUGUGAGGGGAUUAUUCGCUUUUGUGGGGAGGUGGCGGCGGCGCUGGAGCAGCCCGGUGGGCUCGCCGCCGAUCAACUCGACAGUGACGACGAGGAGGAAGAGAACGAGGACGAUGCGGCGGGCCGCACUACUGCGUCGAACGCUGCCGCCUCAAGCGACCACCCAUCAACAGAGAGUGAUGACAACAAAGACAAGCUGGUGCGUCAGCGACGGGCCGCUGCGAAGAAGCUGGGGGAGCAAAGCGGCCACGUGUACAUGCUCCUCAAGGCCUACGUGCGCAGCGCUGCCGCGUUGUGUGGAUUGAAGGAGUACCACAAGGCCCACGCGUAUUUAGACCGGGCGCUGCGCAUUUCACCAUACGAUAACGACCUGCGAGAUGAUUGCAAUCGACUAGCUGAGAAGAUUCGCAUGGAGACGCUUGUUGCCGUUUCUGCAGGCUCGGCCGCAACACAGAAGACGGUGUCCGCGUAG